GGAUGGUCGUCGCUGGACUCUCAAAAGUCCACGAACCUAGCGCCCGCAGCCAUGUUGCACAUUCGUCCGGUUGAGCUCGUAUAACACAUCUAUUCACUCGUUUUCAACAUACGUCUGGCGUUACCGAACCUCUUUCGCCUGCGAGCUGCGUAAACAAGAGGCCAGCCCUGGUCGGGGGAGUUUGCGCAGGCUGGCCACAUGGCAUCGGCGUUGUUAGCUUGCGGGCGGCAGCUCAGCUGCGCGCUGGGCGGGCUGUCGCUUGGCCACCAGGCCCUUGGGGCAAUUGGCGGAGCUUUUCGACGCCACGCCAGCUCGCACGCCGAGAACACGAACACGUUUUUAAGAGAGGCGCUUGUGAAGCUGGACUACCCGGAGAAGCUCCAGAACCUGCUGCUCACCCCCCGCCGCGAGAUGAGCGUGGAGCUGGUGGUGCAGAUGGACGACGGCCAGAUUGAGGUGUUCAACGCUUACCGCGUACAACACAACAACGCCCGCGGGCCCUACAAGGGCGGGCUGCGCUACCACCCGCAAGUGGACCUGGACGACGUGCGCAGCCUGGCCAGUCUUAUGACUUGGAAGACGGCUGUGAUGGACAUCCCCUACGGAGGCGCCAAGGGCGGCGUGACGGUGGACCCGCGCAAGCUGUCGGAGCGCGAGCUGGAGAAGAUGACGCGCAAACUGGUGGUGGCCAUCAAGGAGAUCAUCGGCACCUACGAGGACAUCCCCGCACCCGACAUGAACACGGACGCCAAAGUGAUGGCCUGGUUCUUCGACGAGUACUCCAAGUACAAGGGCUUCAGCCCAGGCGUGGUCACCGGCAAGCCCGUGUACCUUCACGGCUCUCUGGGUCGCGAGGCCGCUACGGGCCGCGGCACCACCUUUGCCAUCCGGGAGCUGCUCAAGGCGUUGCACAUGGGCAAGAUCGCGGACCAGAAGUACGUCAUCCAGGGCUUUGGCAACGUGGGCGCGUGGGCCGCGCAGCUGCUGUGGGAGGCGGGCGGCAAGGUGGUCGCCAUCAGUGACGUGGCGGGGGCGGUGCACAACGAGCAGGGUCUGGACAUUGGCGCGCUGCGCAAACACGUGGCGAGCGGCAAGCCCCUGGCCGAGUUCACAGGCGGCGCCGCCGUCCCCAAGCAGGACAUCCUGCUGCACCCGUGCGAUGUGCUCAUCCCGGCCGCCAUCGGCGGCGUGAUCGGGCCGGAGGAGGCGAAGAAGCUGCAGUGCAAGGUGGUUGUGGAGGCUGCCAACGGCCCCACCACACCCGAGGGCGACAUGGUGCUGCGGGACCGAGGCAUCACCGUGCUGCCGGACAUCUACACCAACGGCGGCGGUGUGACGGUGUCUUUCUUCGAGUGGGUCCAGAACCUGCAGAACUUCAAGUGGGAGGAGGACGACGUCAACAGGAAGCUGGAUCGCAAGAUGGCGGACGCCUUCGCGGCGCUGUGGGCGGUGCACAAGGAGAUGAACGUGCCGCUGCGCACCGCGGCCUUUGUGGUGGCCUUACAGCGCGUGACGCGCGCCGAGGUGCACCGCGGCUUCGACUGAGAGCGCUGCUAUUGCUGUUGCCGCUGCUGGGAAGCGGCUGGCGGAUUAGCUUGGGCUCGGUUGCUGCGCUGGUGUUUGGUCUGGUAGCUUCGGGGGUUGGGGAGAUGGGGCGCUGAAUACGGACAUGGUAUAUAGGAGCGCCUGGGGGCGGGGGAUGCCUAGGGCACGCGGAAGGAAGUCAAUGAAGACGGGAGAUCAGGGGCGGCUUAACAACAGCUUCUUCAGGGAUAACACAGUUGGCAACGGACCCAGGGCAUAUGGGUAUUCGGUGUGGUGUGGGUGACAUGAUGAUGGUGUUGAUAAUGUGGACUCGCAGAGCCAGGCGAUAGCUCAGUCAAAUCUAAUGGCUAUGCAUGCGAUGUGACAUCACUUCACAUGUAUAUAGUUCAUUUCAGCGCAAUGCUUGGAUCCCGAGGAUAGAAGCGGAUAUGGGGGCAAUCCGGGUGCUGCGGAAGGCCGUGUCAGUAAACGUAGCGUGGCGUGUCCCAUGCAACACUCGUCAAUGUCAUGGAGAUUUGGAUAAAUGACGAGCCGCAUAUGAGCUGGCAUUAUCGGGUACUCGCGUGUAACACAUACUGCAU